CAGAAAUGCACCUUUUAUUAACAUGUAGCGCAGCUUACAUUACACCGUAUUAACGUUACAUUUUGGUGAAAUUAUCCGGUCAUCUAAAAAGGACGCGAUGCUUAUUAAUAUCUGGUGAAAAAAGACGAUAAACAGGAAGAUAUUCCACCAACCGGAAGCGUCUCUGUGUCUGUUUACGCUACUGAUCGGGAACGUUUGCUUGUUUGUUUCGCUUUCCGUUACACGUUAAUAUUCAUUUUAUCUAAUACUGAGAUCAAUAAUAACCUUUUAUAUAUAAGCUGAGAUAUUCCAGCUAACAUUAUCUGAUAAUAAAACGAUGCUUCGGUGGAUUCUUGGUGGUCGAGAGGCUCAGGGUUCAGUGGAGAAAAGCCCUGUGUUGUGCAUCGGAGAGGAACAGCCCAAAAACUGGUUCACUGAACUGCAGGUGCUGAAAGGACAUUUUGACAUUGUUCGAUUUCUGGUGCAGAUUGAUGACUUCAGAUGUGCCUCAGCAGGAGACGACGGUCUUGUUCUGGUGUGGAAUAUCCAGAGCGGAGAGAGGCUGCAGGAGCUGAGGGGGCAUUCACAGCAAAUAACAGCCAUAACCACCUUCACCUGUAAUAAUGGACCCACAGCACACACCUGGCUCAUCACAGCCUCCUCAGACCGGAGCCUCAGCCUGUGGGACCCUGAUACAGGAUACAGGGUUCAGACCAUUUCAGACCUUCAGUCUUCUGUAAAGUGCCUGCUGGUGUUGGAGCGGUUGUGUGUGUGGCUCUCCGGCGGUGAAGAACUGUGUGUGUGGAACAAAGACUUCCAGCUGCAGAGCCACAAAGAGAACCACAGCGACUCUGGAAUAACUGCUCUGAUAGAGCUGCCCAAGAACUGCAUCGCUGCUGCUAUGGAUAAAGAGAUCGUGGUCUACAGGCUGACGGUCUCCACUGACUCCUCCGUGUCCGUGGCUGAGAUCCGCCGUCUGUCCGACCACCAGGACCGGAUCAGAGCUCUGAUCAACGUUAAUGACGGGCUCUUCGCCAGCGGCUCCCAUGCCGGCGAGCUGAUCUUGUGGGACGCGGUGGACUGGAACAUCCUGGCCUAUGAGCACAUCCUGUGGGAGGAGUCUCUGGCCAGCCCUCAGGCUGAGAUCAGACUGGCUGCUCCCAAACCCAGCGAGAUGUCCAUCCAGCAUCUCACCACUAACGGACGGCUGAUCCUGGCUGCUGUGGGCAGCGGCCUGUACGUCUACAGCAUCCUGACUAAGACGGUGGUGGCCUACAGGAAGGUGGCCCACGACUCUAACGUCCUCCACACCAUGCUGCUGUCUGACAGCGAGCUGAUGUCCUGCUCUGAAGACGGCAGCGUGAGGAUGUGGGAGAUCCAGGACCUGCCGUUACCUGCUGAACCAGCCACUCCAGGGUUCUUCGGGAUGUGGACCUUCGGCCGGACCCACAAACAGACGGGUCCUCCUUCAAAGAAGAUCCUGGAGGUCCCAAACAUCAGGACGCUGGAGCUGACAGGAGAUCUGAUUGGACACUCAGGAGCCGUCCAGAUGUUUGUGAGCUUCCAGGAGAACGGGCUGGUCACCUGCUCGGCGGAUCACCUCCUCAUCCUGUGGAAGAACGGAGAGAGACAGUCGCGCCUCCGCAGCCUGCUCCUCUUUCAGAAGCUGGAGGAGAACGGAGGACUCUGACCUUUGACCUUUGAACUGUUGCCAUUAAAACAGCAGCCGAGCUGUGAAGCUGUCUGCUGAUGAUGUUUACUGUGAUGAUGAUUGUUGUUGUUUGCUUGUGAUGAUAAUGUGAUGCUUGUUGUUGUUUGACUGAAAGUAUAAAAAAACCUA